AUGGUGUUGUACUCACCGUGGAAAGCCCUUGGGCUUGUUUCUGGGCUGUGUGUCGCUAUAGCUCAGUCGCAGAGCACCCUUGCGUCCAACAGCCCUUCCAACACUCCUUCGCCGACGCAGUUCACCAUUCCCAGCUCAGCUUAUGCCGCCCCGACGGUGCUUCCCAAUAUCGUGGAUCCACAGGCUGUUGAUCCUCAAAAGGUCUGUCCGGGAUACAUCGCUUCCAAUGUCAAAAACACGUUGAACGGCUUAACAGCCUCGCUCUCACUGGCUGGCGAGGCAUGCAAUGUGUACGGGACAGACAUCUCGUCUCUGAAGCUGUCGGUCGAAUACCAAGCAGCCGACCGCUUGCACGUGGAGAUCGUGCCAACCUACCUCGAUGUUUCCAAUGCGACGCAGUACCUCAUUCCUUCCGGUCUGGUGGCACGGCCACAAGUGGAAAAUCGCAAUGCGUCUUCUGAUUUGCAGUUCUCCUGGACCAACAAACCGAGUUUCGCUUUCACCGUGACAAGGAAGUCCACCGGAGACGUCCUCUUCUCUACCGAAGGAAAGAAGUUAGUGUUCGAGAAUCAGUUCUUGGAGAUUUCCAGUUCAUUGCCCGAAAACUACAACCUUUAUGGACUGGGCGAGUCUGUCCGCCCUUUCAGACAGGGAAAUAACUACACCCAGACCUUCUACGCGGCCGAUGCAGGAGAUACGGUUGACUACAACUCCUAUGGAACCCACCCCUUUUAUUUAGAGACCCGCUACUUCACCCAGGAUGCAGAUGGCAAGCGCACUCUAUUAACAAGUGAAAAUCCAUCUCCUGACGCUAAUUAUACUGCGGUGUCGCAUGGUGUCUAUCUGCGUAAUGCCCAUGGUCAGGACGUCCUGCUGCGACCGGACAGCAUCACCUGGCGUACCAUUGGCGGCAGCAUUGACCUCUACUUCUUCCCAGGUCCCUCCCAGGCGGAAGUGACGAGGUCAUACCAGAAAGUUAUCGGGCUCCCUGCGUUCCAGCAAUACUGGACACUCGGCUUCCACCAAUGCCGUUGGGGAUACACAAGCUGGAAGGAACUCGAUGACGUUGUCAAGGGCUAUACCGAUUUCCAGAUCCCUCUUGAAGCCAUUUGGACUGAUAUUGACUACUUGAACCGUUAUCGUGACUUUGAGAAUACCCCAGGCUUUGAUUACCAGACAGGCAAAGACUUCUUGCAACAACUGCACAAUGGUGGUCGACAUUACGUCCCCAUUAUUGACUCGGCGAUUUAUAUCCCGAACCCUUCUAAUCCGGAUGAUGCAUACCCUACCUUCGAGAGAGGCAACGACACCGGGUCUUUCCUGCGGAACCCCGACGGCAGCCUCUACAUUGGUGCUGUUUGGCCUGGAUACACAGUCUUCCCCGACUGGCUAUCCCAAGGUGCAGAGGGAUGGUGGGCCAAUGAGAUGAUCGAGUACUACAAGAAAGUCGCUUACGAUGGAGCAUGGAUCGACAUGAGCGAGAUUUCGUCUUUCUGUACGGGCAGCUGCGGGAGUGGCAACCUGACUCUGAACCCAGUUCACCCUCCUUUUGCUCUUCCUGGUGAGCCCCAGAACCUGGUACUCGAGUACCCAGAAGGGUUCAGUGCCACAAACGCCAGUGAGGCAGCAUCUGCCUCCUCGGCCAUAGCUUCAUCGUCCAGUGCAUAUGCCGCUCCAACAACAUCCAGUGCCACAUCCUAUCUGCGCACCUCCCCGACUCCUGGAGUCCGCAAUGCUACCUACCCGCCUUACAAUAUUAACAACAUCCAAGGCGCCCUGCCAGCGAAGGCCAUCUCUCCCGAUGCUACCCAUGCGGAAGGCACACUGGAGUAUGAGAUCCACAAUCUCUGGGGCCACAGCAUCCUGCAUGCCACCCACAAGGCGCUGUCGCAGGUGUUCCCGGGCAAGCGUCCAUUCAUCAUCGGCCGGUCAACAUUUUCUGGUUCUGGCGCUGUAGCCGGCCACUGGGGUGGUGACAACUAUUCCAAAUGGGCAUACAUGUACUUCUCAAUCCCGCAAGGCCUACAGAUGUCGCUGCUUGGUAUCCCCAUGUUCGGAGUCGACACGUGCGGCUUUUCCGGUAACACUGAUAUGGAGUUAUGCAGUCGGUGGAUGCAACUGAGCGCUUUCUUCCCAUUCUAUAGAAACCACAACACUCUCAGCUCGAUUCCCCAGGAGGCAUACCGGUGGGCGGAAGUUAUCGACUCUAGUAAGACCGCCAUGACUGUGCGGUACCAGCUCUUGCCGUACAUCUACACGCUGCUUUACCAUGCGCACCAGCAAGGAGACACGGUCUUGAGAGCUCUGGCCUGGGAGUUCCCGGACCCCUUGCUCGCCAGUGCCGAUCGCCAGUUCUUGCUCGGCCCCUCUAUCUUGGUCACGCCAGUGCUCGAGCCGGGGUCGACGACAGUGAAUGGGGUUUUCCCAGGCCUUAUUCAGGGAACCGAGACCUGGUAUGACUGGUAUAAUGGCAGUGCGGUGCCCGUCCCGGCUCAGGCGAACACUACUAUUGAUGCGCCGUUGGGCCAUAUCCCUGUCUAUGUGCGUGGUGGAUCGGUCCUUCCGCUGCAACAGCCUGCACUCACAACCAGGGAGGCACGCCAAACGCCUUGGGAUAUCCUAGUGGCCCUUGACAAGAAUGGAGAGGCUAACGGAGAUCUGUAUCUUGACGAUGGUGUCAGCGUUGAGCCGACUUCCACGCUGACCGUGGACUUUGUUGUUAAGAACAGAUCGCUGCAGGCCUCCAUUACGCAAGGCGGUUGGACCGAUGGUAAUGCUCUGCAGAAUGUGACGGUGUGGGGUGUCUCCGAUGUGAACACGGCGCAGGUCAAGUUCAACGGCCGCCCUGUCGGGGCGAAGAAUGUCCAGUUCGAUGAGAAGAGGGGUACAUUGGUUGUUACCGGAUUCAAUGUUGGCGCUUGGACUGCGAGUGGUUGGAAAUUGGAGUGGUAA